UUAUGUUAUGGUACAACUUUACAACUUGAAGUUGUACCAUCACAUAAAGGUACAAGUUCAAGUUGUACCAUAAAAGAAUUUGUACAAACAGUAUAGGUACAAUCUGAAAUUGUACCAUAAAAUAAAUGUACAAUUUUAAGUUGUACCAUAAAGGCAAAAACCUAUAGCACCAAUAAAUUCCUCGUUUAGUUUUACCGAAACGCAUUGCGUAUGACGUUUUCAGAAGUUUUCUCUCACUGCUUUUCCCGUUGUAUUACUUUCCCUCUUCGCCCCUCAAGUCCCUUUUCCCUUUCCACUCCACGCCGCUGAGAAAGAGCAGAGGAGUCCUCUUUUGUCUCCCUCGGCCGCCACACUCUCGUUUCCCGCUCUCAACCCCCGAAGCUGACAGUCAUGUCUUUCGCAGCAGCAUCUAGGGUUUUCAAAACCUGCCGGCCUCUCCUGGCCCCCUCCAAGUCCGCCGCCGCUGCUUCAAUCCCGGCAACGCCAGCCAAGAAAGCAAAGGCAGCACCGAAGCCCAAGCCGGACGCGCCCAAGAAAGCUAGCGGCAUACUGAAGCAAGUUGCAGUCUCCCCGGAGCUUUGCAGCUUCCUUGGGGUUCCCGAGGCUUCUCGCACGGAGGCUGUUAAAAAGAUCUGGGCACACAUCAAGGAACAUCAGCUCCAGAACCCUGCAAACAAGAAAGAGAUUAUCUGCGAUGACAAGCUUAAGACAAUAUUUGCCCAGAAGGAGAAAGUUGGGAUGCUGGAGAUUGCAAAGUUGCUGUCGCCUCAUUUCAACAAGUCUGGUUAGCUGGAGAAAGAAACAGUGGUGUUUUGUGGCAGUUGGGGAUCUCUUUUGAAGCAAGCUCUUAGUAAAAUUUUCAUCGUGAA